AUGAUAGUGAGGCACGUGUUUUUGAGUCGCUCGGCCCUCCGAUGCCUUCAGAAUGCGCACUGGACGACGGCGCUUCCGGAACAGACGAAACGAAGCAUCUCGACCAGGUUUCAGUAGAGUUUUAGGGAAAAAAAAUUGGAGAUUUUCGGGAUUUCUAGCUCGAAAUCGGCGAUUUCGGUGAUUCCGACGGCGAGCAGUCUCGUGGCCGCCUCGCCGAACAAUUUGAAGCCCUAUCUGCAGAUCAUGAGAGUGGACAAGCCUAUUGGUAAGAGAAAUUAUGCGUAUCUUUAUGUUUUUACAAAACGCCACGUUUGUACAGGCACUUGGCUACUGUACUGGCCGUGCACAUGGAGCAUCGCAAUGGCGGCGCCCGCCGGCCAACUUCCCUCCCUCUACAUGCUCUCUCUGUUCGGUGCGGGCGCGUUUUUGAUGCGAAGUGCCGGGUGCGUCAUCAACGAUUUGUGGGACAAGGACUUUGACCGACAGGUACAGUAAUCCCCCCGUUCGUGGCGGGACCCGAAUGGGCUUGCAGGUGGAACGGACAAAGUUGCGGCCGCUCGCGUGCGGAUCUCUCACUGAGAAACAGGCGGUCGGGCUGCUGGCCGGACUAUUGUCCUCUUCUCUCGCCAUCCUUCUCCAGUUGAACUGGUACAGGUGAGCAACGGGGAAAGUUAGGCCACGCACGGUUUUGAAGAACUCCUAGGCCAUUAAAUUAUGGGUUCCUAGGCCACCAUCAUUUUUCGGUGUUUUCAGCGUGGCCGUCGGCGCCUCCUCAAUGCUUCUGGUCGUCGGAUAUCCGCUGGCGAAACGGUACACGUAUUGGCCGCAAUUCGUACUCGGUUAGUCCGUUUUCGCAUGAUUACCGUAGUUUUCCCCAUUUUUUGGCUGCUACAGUAAUCCUGGAUCCUAGAUGCUAGGAUCCUGAGUUACUGAAGCGAAAAUUGAAUGAUAUCGAUUCUAUUUCAUUUCUGGGUCCCUCCGGGGUUACUGUAGUUCUCCUCCUCCGUCUUCUUGGUCAGGGAUUACGGUAGCAGUUGCAGGUGCCACCCUGAACUGGAGUGUGCUGAUCGCGUGGGCCGAGUCGGGCGGCGCCAUUUCGGUUUUUGUGCCCCUCUACGCGGCCACCAUUCUGCACACGGUCAUCUACGACACUAUUUAUAGUCAUCAGGUAGUCUGACACGGAAAAACGGGGCCUCUCGCCACGAUUUGAUGAUAUUCGUAUGUUUGCACCAGUUUCGGGUUACGGUAGUCAUUCAUGUUGUGCUUGGUGUCGUCGUGAUGCGGUGAGAAUGGUGGAGGUGGCACCUGCACUUACUCUAGAUAUGUACAACUACAGUAAUCCUUGUUACUGUCGAAAUUUGUAAUGGUCAAACUUUGAACGGAUAUUGUACGCUUUUGUGGCUUCCUGGAGGUCUGGAAAUGGUUUGUAGUUUACCACUUUUCGCCCACGCAUUGGAGUACUGUAUCUCGCGGAAAUUGAGACUGCCAAGAGCUACAGUAGUCCAGCGCGUAGGUGUACAAAAAAGUGGUAAACUACAAAAAUACCGUUCUAAAUGUCUUAUUCCAGACCUCUAGGACGCCACAGAAAGCUACAAUAUUCGUUUAAAGUUUGACCGUACCACAUCAUUUUUUAAAGUAGUUAGAAAGGAAAUGAUUUGCUCUUUUUCUGUUCCGAUCUGCUAUUCUAGCUUCUCCUCCUCUAAGCCCCGCCCCCGUUUUCGUCUCACUCAUCGCUCUCACAGGAUUGACGUUCAAUUGGGGCGCCCUGCUCGGAUGGACCGCCUGUCGCGGGGACCUUUCUUCCGCGGCGCCCGUCUGGAUGUACGCCGCCGCGCUCCAAUGGACCCUCGUCUACGAUACCAUCUACGCCCAUCAGGUGCUUGCUUCUGCCCAUAAAAUUGGGAAAAUUUGGCCUAGAAAUGUCCAGUUUUGUCGUUUGUCCUCGGAUUGUUGAUAAUGCCCGAAAUGUCCAUUGUCCAACUGUUCUGUAUGCUUUUUCCCUUUUAUUUCGGGUCUCGAAGCGAACAUUUGAACAAUGUUUCGCCUCAAGACCCAUUCCACCUACCGUAACCCAUCCAAGGCAUGCGAAAAUUGGUUUUCAGGCAAAAGAAUGCGCUUUAAGGAAGCAUUUGAAGAGACAAGUGUUGGAGAAUGCGAACAUUUGAAAUUUCGAUGGAAAAGUUGGGGGAAAAGCCAACAUUUGGAGAAACCAGUAUUGUAUGCUCGGUAUUUCGAUGUUUGCAUUUUCCAACACCUCCUUUCACGUUUUCAUCCACGUUACCCAACGUAUUCAGGACAAAGCGGAUGAUAUAAUGAUCGGAGUGAAAUCGACAGCCCUUCGGCUCGGAGAGGACACCAAAAAGUGGCUGUCCGUGUUCGGAAUCGGCACAAUCGGAUCGCUGACCGCGUGCGGAAUGGCCAGCGAGCAGACGUGGCCCUACUACGUGGCGUUGGCGGCCACGUCGGCGCAAUUGGGAUGGCAGAUCGGCACGGUCGACAUCGACAACGGCACCGACUGCUGGAACAAGUUCAAGAGCAACUCCUGGAUGGGAAUCAUUCUUUUCGCCGGAAUCGUCGCCUCCACAUUGCUCAAGGUGUGUAUUAUGGCGAAUUGGAAGCUAUCAUAGCUUUAGAAGAUGUAAAGUUGAUCCGAUAAUAGCUAUAAGAGCGGGGAAAACGCCUACAAAAGUAUGAUACUAGAUGUAAAGUUUUCACAAAAACAAAUUCGAGAGCGAUUGGGCUUUUCGCGGAGCUACAGUUGUCAAUUUUCAAUUUUCAGGAAGACAAGCAGAAAACGACUUCUUCUCCCCUUCCGAAUCAAGAUGCUCUCGAAACGGACGUCGAGUAG